AUGCCCCAACUGGACAGCAGGUGUGCUCUUUAGCAAUGCAGCACACAACCCACUGCAGUUCUACCAUGUAUGUGUGUGUGUAAGAUGAUGUGUGUAUGUGUGUGUUAAUGCGUAUGCGUCAGGCGUGCCUGCGAGCCUGGCCACUGCUGCUCCUGCCACUCUGCUGAAGGAGAGGGGGGAGAGAGGGGACGCUGGAGGCGUGGAGGGAGAAAGAGAGUAAGGGAGGAUAGAGAGGGGAGAGAGUCCAGGCCCAAAUAAAGCAAUGGGGGCCGGGGCUGGGCUGGGCCCCCCUAUGCUAUAAAUACGCUGGCCGCCUGGAGGUUCGGGUUUGGUGGUUGGGGCUUGGGACCAGCGACCACCACUGCUGCAGCAGCCUUCAUCAGGAGAAUCUCCUCAGUGUACUCAUCAUCCUCAUCCUGGUCGUCGGUGUUCUGGAAAGCCAAGAUGCCUCGCGUGGACUCAGACCUCAAGCUGGACUUUAAGGAUGUCCUCUUCAGACCCAAGAGGAGCAGCCUGAAGAGUCGCUCAGAGGUGGACCUUCAGAGGACCUUCACAUUCCGCAACUCUAAACAGACCUACACCGGCAUCCCCAUCAUCGCCGCCAACAUGGACACCACGGGGACGUUUGAGAUGGCUCAGGUCCUCAGCCAACACACUCUCUUCACAGCCAUCCAUAAACACUACUCUGUAGAGGAAUGGAAAAACUUUGCUGCUAAUCAUCCAGAAUGCUUGGAGCAUGUAGCUGCUAGCUCAGGCAGCGGCGUCGCAGAUCUGGAGAAGCUGUGUGCCAUUCUGGAGGCAGUCCCCGCCCUCAAGUACAUCUGUCUGGAUGUGGCCAACGGCUACUCUGAGUACUUUGUGGAGUUUGUCAAGACGGUCAGAGAAAAGUUUCCCAAGCACACCAUCAUGGCUGGUAACGUGGUAACAGGGGAGAUGGUGGAGGAGCUCAUCCUCUCCGGUGCUGACAUCAUCAAAGUUGGCAUUGGGCCAGGGUCCGUGUGCACGACAAGGAUCAAGACAGGAGUGGGCUACCCACAACUCAGUGCUGUGAUAGAGUGUGCUGACUCAGCGCAUGGACUCAAAGGACACAUUAUCUCUGAUGGUGGCUGUAGUUGCCCAGGAGAUGUAGCUAAGGCCUUUGGUGCAGGCGCUGACUUUGUAAUGAUGGGAGGAAUGCUUGCAGGCCACGACCAGUGCACUGGAGAGGUCAUUGAGAAGAACGGCAAGAAAUACAAAAAGUUCUACGGCAUGAGCUCCGACACAGCCAUGAAGAAAUACGUGGGUGGAGUUGCUGAGUAUAGGGCGUCUGAGGGACGGACAGUGGAGGUUCCCUAUAGAGGAGACGUGGAUAACACCGUCCGUGACGUGUUGGGAGGCCUCCGCUCCACCUGCACCUAUGUGGGCGCCGCUAAGCUCAAAGAGCUGAGCAGGAGAACCACCUUCAUCCGUGUCACACAACAGUCCAGCCAAAUGUUCGCUUCCUAGAGCGCACACAUACACACCGGUUACAGAACAUGCGUUGUAAAUGUAUUAUGCCAAGUUUAAACCCGCAAUAGUGGGACAGUGGUGUAACACAUACAAGUUAACGACACGCACUCACACCUAACACUGCUGCAUGAUCAUCCAACCAGUUUCUCUCAGGAUAUCUGCUGUCAGAAAGCUGCUGGUUUUCCUCAGGUCUUGAUUUAAAGAAACUCACAGGCUGACUUGAAUUCUCCCGGAGAAGAAUCGCAGCACUCUAAGCAACUUAAACCUACAGCGAGUGCGUUUACAUGCGUAGAGACACCGCAACAUGCUAUUGAAUGUGCCAGAUUUAAAUUUUCAAAUAGACGUGAGAGAGCAAGGCUAAUGAGGCAUGUGCACUUUAGUGCACACAAAUCUUUUAACUUACUAAAAACAGUAGUAGGGAUAUUUUUAAAUGAAUAGCAUAUCGGGAAUUAACAAGAAUGACAGCUAUGAUAAACAGAUUGCAUGUAAACACACUCAGCAGGAGGAGGCUAAUACUUGUGCUAAGGUCAUUUAGGGAAACUAUUCUGCUCAACUGUACGUUGAAUGAAUGUACAAAUUAAUAUGCAAGAGUUAGAGACAUCACCCGUUAAUGGUCACUGGAGAAAUCAUGCCGCAAUAAACCGCAUGCAGGGCCCUCUGCUACUUUCCUCACUUGUGUUGAUCAUUCUGUGAAUUUUAAUCUUGAUGAUGGACAACAUAAUAGAAUAUCCUUAUGUGUGUGCAUGUAUUUUGUUUCAGGAAGAUUGAGCUAUCUGAACAUGAUGACUU